AUGGCUCCACAAACCAAGAAACGUAAAGUUGAAGCUGUCAAAACUAAUCUUCAUCAAAUUGGUGAUGAUUGCAUGGUAAACAUCUUUUCCUACCUGUCAAAUUUCGAACCUUUCGAAUUAAUGACAACUUGCAAGCAAUUUCGUUCUGGAGUUGAACAAUUACACACAUUGACAUUGGGAAGUUUAGUUUUAUCAUCCCCAGGUGAAGAAGAAGAAUUUGAAGAAUCGGAGUUUGAAAGUGAAGAAUUAGAUGAAGAUAUUCGAAACAAAUUUAAUGGUUGGUUAAAUUCGAAUAGAAAUUGUGAACAGUUUAGAAUUAUUAAGAUUAUUAAUGGAAUCAAUGCAAAGGAGGCAAAGACAUUGAUGGAAAAUUGUCCAAAAGUAAUUGAACUUUCGUUUCCAGUUUCUGGAAAGUUGACGAUUCCCAAGUUUUCAGAAUUGAAGAAACUUGUUAUAGAAGGACGACAAGCAUCUUUCGAAUUCAGCUGUGAAAUCCCAACUCUGAAAUCUCUUACUCUUCAUUCACCAAUCAAAUCUUGCCAAGAAAUUGUAAACAAUUUUCCUAAUUUAGAAGAAUUACAAAUUACAUUUUCAGGUUCUGAUCUCUCACCACUCAAAUCCUUAACAAACCUCAAAUCUCUUUACAUUGCAACUGUUAGUUCAACCAAAAAAUCAUUGAAAGCAGAUCAAAUAUACGAAACUAUGUCAAUUCCAACAUUGGAAACUUUUAAACUAAACAUGCAUGGACCAACAUCACUCUGCAUUCCAUUUAUCAAAAGAAAAGUUUCAUGUCCACAAUUGAAAACUCUUGAAAUUUGUAAUAAUGAAUAUUUCAUGGAUGUGGAAGAGGAAGUUCCAGAAGAGGAAGAUUUUGAUCGCCUUAUUUGUGAAUUUGUUAAAUCUGAUUUUCCAAAAUUGGAAAGUAUUAGAUUGAAAUUUAGUAGUACAAUGCAAAGUUUGGAUGCUCUAUUGAAGAAUGAAAGUAUUUCCAAUAUCAAAUCUCUCGUAUUAAUUGAUAUUUCACAUGAAUGUUUCAAACAAGUUUGUUCUAAUCCUUCCUGGAAAGGAUUAACUGAAUUGGAAUGUAAAAUUGAUAUGGGAAUCGAUGAAGAAUCUUCAGUUUUCAAACUAUUAGCAGAAAGCCAAUUUGAAAACUUGAAAUCUUUCAAAAUUAACUACCAAGAAUUUAAUCACUCAGAAAUUGGAUUUAAGGAAUUUUGUGCAAGUGACAAAUUUACAAAAUUGGAACAUUUACACUUGGGUUUUCAAAUUGAAAGCAAGGAUAAUCUAUUACUUCCAAAAUCUACUCACUUUCCAAAUUUGAAGAGUUUGUACAUUAUGUACUUACAAGGAAAAGUCAAAAGUUUCUUGACUACUUUGGGAAAGAAUGAAUCUUUUGGAAGAUUGGAAGAAUUUACAAUUGGAAUGUAUGUUGAGGCAACAGAAUUGCAAAAAUUGAAGAAAUCUCUCAAACGUUUGACUCGAGUUAAAUCUGAAGAGAAUGAAGAUGAUGAUGAAUGA